AUGACUGCCAUCAAUAGCAACACCAGCACCACCAACAACGACAACAAGAAGACUACCAAUCUCCUUCAGAAAUACAACGUCAAGGACCUUCUGUGGGCCAGCAUUACAAAACCGAGUCUCAAACAAAAUGCGGGUUUGCAUCUCAUGGAAGACGAAGAUGGUGUGAUUCGUGUUGAGCGCGUGGAUGGCGCCUUUGAAAUGUUCACCCAAGUCAAACCCGGGGAUCGACUUCUAGAGUUCCAAGAACAGGAUGUGUCUUGCUAUGAAGGUGGAAUCAAAGAAAUUGAGAAACUAAUCAAGGAAAGCCUCAAGGUUCAAGUCCGCGUGCUCAAACCAUCUGCGGACGUCGAAGAAGAAGAAGACGAUGAUGAUGAUACCAGUGCCAUGACGCUGGAAAUUGCAGCUGGCGAUACCUUGGUCCUUCAUUAUGGCACAAACGACAAAGAUGGACUCAAUGGAAAGAUGGUCAAAAUCAAACGAGAAUCCAGCAAAAAGGGCCGAUGGCUCGUGCAAGUGCAAGAUACCGGAAAGAUGAUGAUUGUGGAUGAAGCCCAUCUCUUUGCAAUCUCAUCCUUUCAUUCAUAA